AUGAACGAAGAACAACUCGCUCGCGUCCUUCGACGUGAUCCCAACAUCAACGUCGCCAGGCCCAUAUACCAAAGACCCGAGCGGACUCAACCCCUCAAAUGGGCUCAAUAUACGCCCCACACCCUGAAGCAACAAAAUCUACCACGUUAUACAACGAUCCGUACGACCGAGCCCCUACAAUGGAUCCCGCAAGAACAUUUAAAGAGCGCAUGGCCACUCCUUCCUCCGCGACCCCCUGCAUUUCCCGAGCUUCCUGCGAAUAAACACACUCUUGAACGGUUCGAGGUUGAAGAAGCAAGGAAGAGGCAAAGGAGGGAGGCACGUAAAGCCCAAAAAGAGGCAGAAUUGGCGAAGAAAGUUCCUCCUCCAGCCCCCAGACCGGAAAUUAUGCCUCUAUCUCCACAAGCAGCUCGCGCGCCCAGACCGAAAGAUCCACAUACUGAAGAAUUGCGCAAAAAAUGGCCGGGCCCUGGAGACUGGGAAUAUAAAUGGAAGCAUAAUCUACGCAAGGAUGCAAAUGAGGCAGUAAGAGACAGUAUUCCGGAUGACAUGUACGAGCCCCCGAUCGUCAGACCAAUGCCUGGACGAGUGCCUAUAAACAAAAAUUUGCACGUCGAAAUACCAUUCAUGGAUGGUGUCAUCUUUUAUCCGAGUAGAAUACCCGCGAGUGGAGAUUGUUUUUUCGGUUCAGUCUCAAUGGCUUUGUAUGGAACUACUCUGUAUUGGCACUAUACGAAGUAUUGUCACUUGUGGUUUUUUCGUUACGUGCUCACGCAUCCUGCACAUCCGCGAUAUGACUUCUAUUGGCAUUUAAAUUCUUUUGGGAACGCCGAAGGCGAAAUGAAUAUGUGGCAUCGAUUGAACACUCCACAUGCCUGGCAAUCAAGCGAGCUCUUUAACAUCACAGCCGACAUCUACAAUCUCUUUGUAGUACUAUACGAGGCACCCAAAACGAUCGAUCUCUUUGGCCAUUACAACGCGACGCACGUGUUUUUCCACCUCAUCAAUCGGAAUCAUUAUGAAAGUUUGAUAGCCGAGGACAACGAGAUUCAGUUUCCUUUUCCCGAUGGCGUGACGGUUAACCCCAGGCCUGGAAGAUCAAAGAUGCGACCUUUCGGUACAAAUAGAAAUAUUGUGCCUCCACCCAUUGCGCUGCCAGUCAUCCCGCGUCCGUCGUUGAUGGAUAUGACUCGAGUUCUUGGGAUCAAUACCGCAGAAGGAGCUCUAGAUAUUGAGUUGGUCAAGACCGGACUGAGAAGAGAAAGGAGGUUGGCAAGGGAGCUCAAUGAUCCUACGGAGAUCAAGUGGUGGGUGAAAGCAGAAGCCAAGGACAAGGAAGAGGAGAGGAAAGCAGAAGAAAAAAGGAUCGCCGACGCAGCAAAACCAAAACCUCCGGAGAAGGUCACAUUACCUACAAAUGAGGAAUUAGCAGCAAACCUCGCGAAAAUAUUGGCACAGGGGAAGAAAACCGAGCAGGGAAAGGUCUCAAAGGAAGAUCCAGACAAUCCCAAAAGCAAAAAGAUUACAAAAAAGAUAGUCUACAAUCUCAAUAGCGACGAUGAGGACAAUGAUCUUGACGAAGCGGAUAACUUGAUCCCGAGAGAUCAAUACACACCGGGAGGAACGAAAAAGAAAAGGAAAGUCAUCGGUUUCAUUCCUGAUUCCGAUGAUGACGACAUUGAUAUUUACGAAACAGCAAAACAAUCAAGUAAGAAACCGCCAAAGGGGAGGCCGCAAAAGACUCCUGGAAAUCCUGAUAAGAAGUCUACUUCCAAGACUCCCAAGACGGGAAAAACACCCAAAAAACCGCCUAGGUGGUGA